UUCCCGCGACUUGUUCUUCUGUUCUCAAUUUUUUUUUCCCUCUCGUAGCUUUGUUUGUUUUUCUCUUUUCCAGUGCUUUUCAUCUGAUCGGCCGCCACCACCACCACCACCACCACCACUACUUCUUCAAAAGCCAAUAGCAGUAUCAGAAGGACUGGACAUAUAUCGUGUCGAAAUUUUUUUAUAUGUUUGAAAGUUCAUUCCUCGUAUUUAUGUUAAAAACGCAUCACAAAACCUUGAGUUGUUUUGGUAAGACCUAGAGAGCAAAAAUGAAGAAACUUGAGGGUAGAUUAGAAGAACCCAAGAGAAAUAAACGAAAGCUAGACAAAAGGUUGAUAUUAUCAUUAACCAAGCCUUCUCAUCUUCUAACACUGAAAUACGCCCAUAUUCGCUGGGAAAAUCGGCAAAGACUUUGUUAUCUUUUGGAAAGACUUGUAAAGAAACAGAAUUGGGCUGAGGCUAGUGGAGUAUUAAGCUUGUUGCUUAAGGGUACUUCGCAUGAUUUUUCUGCUGGUUUGAAUCGCCUCAAGUACUCGGUUGCAAUCAGGCUUCUUAAGUACAUAGAUGGGGAUCAUGUUGACAUUAGAAGGAUCAGGGACAUCUAUGAGAUUUGGAUGAGCAGGAUCAGGUUCAAGACUGUGAAAACAGAGGAGCAAAUUGCAGUUCAUUUGGAGUUCAUUUUAUUCUGCCUUACACAUGGAAAUCUUGGCUGGGCUCAUCAAGCCACUUUAAGCUUGAUGAAAGAACAAAACUUUAGUUGUCACCCAAUGGCAAACCUGGUCAUGGGCUUGACAUUCUGUCAGCUUUGGUAUUCCAAUCUCACUGAAGAGAUUAAACUGAGAAAUUCAGAUCAGGAUUACUUCCCUCAGCAAUCAGACGCUUCAGGAUCACAUAUGGGCAACGAAAUUGUUUUCUCAGAGGGAAAUUAUGCAGCUUAUAGUCAUGGUGCUGUUUCUUCUCAAUGUGGUUCAGAGACAUCUGUCAUGAAUGAUAAAAGAGAAAGUCUGCUGGCUGGUAGCAACCAACAAAGAGAUGUUCAUGUGCAGAACAAUGUUAACUUGCAGAGAGCUGCACCUCUCGUGCAAGAGGUUGAGCCACUAGGCUCCAAUCAAAACUCUGCUGAAAAUGAAGUUGAUUUCUAUGAUGAUAGUGGCUAUACAUGUGAUCCUUCAGUCUUCUCUGCCUUAGAGGGUUUAGAGUCAUGGUUGAUGCCUUUAAAGUUGCCAUAUUCUAGUGAGAACUUUGUCUACUUGCAUAGGCAAAUGGUUAAUAAUCAUUAUAAAGAUGCUCUGAAGCAUCUACGGCUUGCUCUUCACUGUGAACCCCCUUUGUCUGCAGCCUUGCUUCCUUUGAUACAGUUAUUGCUGAUUGGAGGUCAAGCGAAAGAGGCCCUAAGUGAAGUCGAAAAGUUCUGUAUUUCGAACAUGCCUUUUCCCUUUAGAUUAAGGGCAAGUCUUCUAGAGUACUUUUAUUCUAAUGACUCUGUCAUGCUCUGUAAUUGUUUUGAGGAGGUUUUGAAGAGGGAUCCGACAUGCUGCCACUCAUUGGCAAGGCUUGUCAGCAUGCAUCAAAAAGGUGAUUAUAGUCUGGAAUCCCUUGUGGAGAUGAUUGCUUUGCAUGUGGAAGCUACAUUUCCAGAGUCCGAAACGUGGAGGGAGUUUGCUUCAUGCUUCCUCAAACUAUAUGAAUACGAAGAGGAUCGACUGUCUGUAUGUCUCGUUGGUAAUGAAGGUGAACAAAAAGCAAAUCGCUCUAUUUAUUACAGAAGGAUUCCAAGCAUAUUUACUGAGGUAAACUCAAGAAGAGCUUGGAGAUUACGCUGCAGAUGUUGGUUAAAACGUCAUUUUGGCAAGCGGAUGCUUGCAUCCGAAAUUGCUUCAGGGAUGUUGGAGCUUGUAACAUACAAAGCAGCUUGUGCAGUCCAUUUGUAUGGUGAAGAAUGUCAUUAUGUUAUAAAGGUUUAUACUCAUUUAAGGGAACACAAUGAGAAGGAUCUCCGCAAAUUCUUAAAACUACAUAUGGUGAAUUCCAUCAGACUAAAUGUGAAAUUUCAAGAAAAAUAAAAUUUAAUUUGGUUAAUUUUAUUAUUACUAUUAUUAUUUGUGUGCAAACUUAUGCCACCUGAUCAAAAAUAAAUAGAAAAAUAAAAUAUCUAUUAUUUGCAAAA